CAGUAAGCCGUUUGUGAACCGCUGUAAAAAGAAAAAGAAGAAGGAGGCGAGGCUUGAUAUACGAGCUGUUUCUCUCGUUUUUUUUGUUUUGUGUGUAACGUCACGCGUUCCCCUCAAUAAUUCUUCUUAUCGAACCUACGUAAGUCUCGACCGAGUACGUCAGUCACUGCUUUAGUGUCCUCAAACAUCAUACCUUCAGUCUUGGUGUCUCGGUUCACGUCGAAGGCUUUUAGGACUCGCUAGUCCGGUUUAGCUUAGCUCGCUAGCCGCCAACAAAGAGACACGUUCGUGCAGUCAGGUCCUCGCAAAGUAUCGCCCAACACAGAACAAGUGUGAACGCGUACGAAAAUGUGUGCAAAACCAACAGCAAGGUACGCGGAGGAGUUGAGUGGAAUAAAAGAGGAGAAGAAACCUCAACCGCUGGACGCUGUUUGCAAGCAGCCUCGUGACGUCAGUGAAAAAUACCUUCGUUCAUGGCAGAAGGAGCCAGAUUCCCUCCACAUAAAAACAGAGAAGGAAGAGCACUCGAUCGUUAAAGAGGAAGCAAAGGAGCCCCAUCAGAUUAAAAAGGAGCCAGAAACCCAUCUUCUGAAACAGGAAGUAGAGGAUGAUCUCACCAACUCAGCGUCAUACUUUGUCCCUCUGAAGAGUGAAGACGAAGCCAAGAGUCAGUGUGAGGAGAAGGGAGGGGUGGCGCCUCCAAGCAGCAGCUCAAGUCAACCCACAGCAACAGAAGGUGAUGGGGAGCAAGAUGGAAGAUCCCAGGCAGAUGGUGACAAUAGAACCUCACAAUCUCCUGACGUAGAUGAUGGCCAUGGUGAGGAUGAUUAUUAUGAUGAUGAUGAUGAUGAUGAUGAGGAGGACUAUAACUAUGAAGAUGAUGGUGAUGAGGACUAUAACUAUGAAGAUGAUAAUGAUGAGGACUAUAACUCUGAAGAUGAUAGUGAUGAACAGUCUGAAGAUGAUAUGGCACGUGAGAAUGAAGGCUGGAAAUGUAGUCAAUGUGGGUUAACAGGUCGGUUCAAGUGGGGUUUGAAAGUUCAUAUGAGACGACAUACUGGAGAGAAACCUUACAUGUGCUCAGUUUGUGGCAAAAGCUUCUUUCUCAAGUCAGGUUUUACAACACACACAAGAAAACAUACUGGAGAGAAACCUUUUGUCUGUUUAAUUUGUGGCAAAAGCUUCUAUGAUAAGUCCAGUUUAAGAUCACAUGCAAGAAUACACACUGGAGAGAAACCUUUUGUGUGUUCAAUUUGUGGCAAAAGCUACUCUGCAAAGUCAAGUUUGAUAAUGCACACAAGGUCACACACCGGAGAGAAGCCGUAUAACUGCUCAAUUUGUAGCAAAAGCUUCUCUAACAAGACACAUUUAACAUCACACAGAAGAACACACACAGGAGAGAAACCUUUUGCUUGCUCACUUUGCGGCAUAAGAUUCUCUCAUAAAACACAUUUUCUAAGACACAAAAAAUCACACACAGGAGAAAAACCCUAUCCUUGUUUAGUUUGUGGUAAAAGAUUCACUCAGAAGGGAAACUUAAAAAUACACACAAGAAUACACACUGGUGAGAAACCUUUUACAUGCUCACUUUGUGGCGAAAGUUUCACUGUAAAGUCAAGUUUAAUAUCUCACACAAGAACACACACUAAAGAGAAACCUUUUGUGUGCUCAAUUUGUGGUCUAAGAUUCUCUCAAAAGGGUCAGUUAAGAAAACAUGAAAAGACACAUUGAGGAAAAAGCUGUCGUGUCCGUGCUGAAAAUUUUAACGGAAUGGUUUUAAGAGAUAGAAGAAGAGAUGGUGUUUUCGUGGAUGUGGGAGGAAACCAGAGUGCCUGGAGAAAACCCACGCAAGCACACGUGCAAACGCCACACAGGCGGGGUCGGGAUUUGAACCCCAGUCCUCAGAACUGUGAGGCCAACGCUUUCCAGCUGAGGCACCGUGCCACCCCAAGAAUAAAAUUGGAACAGCAGGAGACAGUCGUGUACCAACCAACAGCCAGGUACGCGGAGGAGUUGAGUGGAAUCAAAGAGGAGACGGAACAUCAACCGCUGGACGCUGUUUGCAACCAGCCUCGUGGUGAGUUGCACGCAGCAGACAUCAGUGAAAAAUACCUUCAUCCUUGGCAGAAGGAGCUAGAUACCCUCCACAUAAAAACGGAGAAGGAAGAGCACUCGAUCGUUAAAGAGGAAGCAAAGGAGCCCCAGCAGAUUAAAAAGGAGCCAGAAACUCAUCUUCUGAAACAGGAAGGAGAGGAUGAUCUCACCAAGUCACCGUCAUACUUUGUCCCUCUGAAGAGUGAAGACGAAGAUAAGGAUCAGUGUGAGGAGAAGGGAGGAGCGGAGCCUCCAAGCAGCAGCUCAGGUCAGCCCACAGUAACAGAAGGUGAUGGAGAACAAGAUGGCGGCUCCCAGGCAGAUGGUUACAAUAGAACCUCACAAUCUCCUGACGAAGAUGUUGAGGACUAUAACUUUAAAGAUGAUGGUGAUGAGGACUAUAACUUUAAAGAUGAUGGUGAUGAGGACUAUAACUAUGAAGAUGAUAAUGAUGAGGACUAUAACUCUGAAGAUGAUAGUGAUGAACAGUCUGAAGAUGAUAUGGCACGUGAGAACGAAGGCUGGAAAUGUUGUCAAUGUGGAAAAACGGGUAGAUUCAAGGCGCAUUUGAAAGUUCAUAUGAGACGACAUACUGGAGAGAAACCUUACAUCUGCUCAAUUUGUGGCAAAAGCUUCUAUCGGAAGUCAAUUUUAACAACACAUACAAGACGACAUACUGGAGAGAAACCUUUUUUCUGUUCAAUUUGUGGCAAAAGCUACUCUACAAGGCCAAGUUUUAUAAUGCACACAAGGACACACACUGGAGAGAAGCCGUAUAACUGCUCAAUUUGUAGCAAAAGCUUCGCUAGCAAGUCAUAUUUAACAUUGCACACAAGAACACACACUGGACAGAAACCUUUUGCUUGCUCUCUUUGCGGUAUAAGUUUCUCUCGAAAGACAGUUUUGGGAAGACACAAAAAAUCACACACUGGAGAAAAACCUUAUCCUUGUUCAGUUUGUGGUAAAAGAUUCUCUCAGAAAGGAAACUUAAAAAUACACACGAGAAUACACACUGGUGAGAAACCUUUUACAUGCUCACUUUGUGGCGAAAGUUUUACUGUAAAGUCAAGUUUAAUAUCUCACACAAGAACACACACCAAAGAGAAACCUUUUGUCUGCUCAGUUUGUGGUCUAAGAUUCUCUCAAAAGGGUCAGCUAGGAAAACAUGAAAAGACACACUGAGGAAAAAGCUGUUGUGUCCGUGCUAAAUAUUUUAACAGAAUUGGUUUUAUUUGGGAUGCCGGGGAGAUUAGUAAUUGUUUGUACCCUUGUCAAAGGGUACGUGAAGUUACGUGUUAGCCAAAGACCUUUGUUGGAAGCAUUGUAAAUAUAGUUAUCAUACAUUUGCUGCAAUAAAGAAAUGCUUUGUUAUCGA